GCGCCGUCAGUGCAGCACCGGCGCUCCAGCAUGGCGGCGGCUCCGGCGAUACUGGCGCUCCUGGCGGCCGCGGCGGCGCGCGCCACGUCGUGCGGCGAGUGGAACAGCAGCGAGCCGCACAGCAGCACGGAGCUCAUGAUGCACCUGAGCGACCCUUGCCGCUACGACAAGUGGACGCUGCCCGACUCGGGGGACGCGCCGCUGAACGUCAUGACGCGCCUGCACGUCUACUACCUCGGCCUCGUCGACGCGCACAGCCUGCAAUUCACGCUGCACAUCCUGACGCGGUUCCGCUGGAGGGACCCGCGCCUCGACUACAGCGCGGCGAGCCCGCGCACGCGGCAGGUGGUCAGCGAGGGGUUCAUCAAGGAGCACAUCUGGAACCCGCACGUGUACCUGGUGAACGAGCAUGAGUCCAGCGUCAUGGGCAGCGGCCAGAAGGACGUGCUGGUCACAGUCGACCCCGACGGCAUGGUCAGCCUGUCCUCCAGGAUGAAGAUGAAGCUAUCCUGCCUUAUGGACCUCCAGAAAUUUCCAUUUGAUGAGCAGAAAUGCCCUCUUGUCCUAGAGAGCUGGACGUACAACUCUAGCGAGCUGGUGCUCAACUGGGACCUGGACACCCCUGUCUCCGUCAACAAGGAUCUCCACCUGCCAGAGUACAACCUCAUCAACAUGUGGUGCAACUACAGCACCGCCACAUACUCCAUCGAGAACAGCAACUCCAGCAUCGCCCCUUUCAUCCCCUACUACACCCGGUUCGCGGGCAACUACAGCUCCCUGGAGGUACAGUUCCACCUGGCCCGCGAGGUGGGCCACUACAUCAUGGACUACUUCAUGCCCAGCAUCCUGCUCGUGGUCGUGUCCUGGGUGUCCUUCUGGCUCGACCCCAACGCCGUGCCCGGCCGCACCGUGCUGGGUACCAGUACCAUGCUGACCUUCAUCACUCUCACUCGCAACAUGGGCAGUGCUCUGCCUAAGGUCUCCUACAUCAAAGCCACCGAGAUAUGGUUCAUCGUUUGCACAGGCUUUAUCUUUGGAUCUCUGGUGGAGUUUGCUUUUGUCAACACCAUAUGGAGGAGGAAAAAGAACGUGGAGCUGAAGAAGGUGAACAGCAAGUACAUCCUCAAGUGCACGCUGACCCCGCAGCUGGGGCGCAAAAACCUCGGCUCCUCCAGCAACAUCGACCGCUGCCAGUCGUGGCCCAACGUCGAGAAGGAAAUGGGCUCCAGCAACGACAUGUUCUACAUCGGCAACUCCAACAAGAGCAACAGCAACACCCUGACGGUGAACUCGACCGACUCGAUUGCCACCAACCCGUGCCCCGGCCUGGGGGCGGGCGGAGGACAGCACGGCUCCGAGGACCUGGCGGACGUGGUGAUCCGCGUCCCCGACGGCACGGGGGGCGGGCCGACCCAGCGCGGCUUCACCACCAUGACCCCCCAGGAGAUUGCCCAAUGGAUCGACAGGCGCAGCCGCGUCCUCUUCCCCGUGGCCUUCGUCGUCUUCAACAUCCUCUACUGGGGGUUCGUCUGGAUCUGACCGCCCGCACUCGGCUUCGUGCGAACCGACCCGACACACUUCCCAAGAGCUGGCGCAACAAAUUACUUGCAUGCUACGAUAUGUUCAGCAGAACUGUACCAUUCACGAAACACCACAAUUUAACUAUCUUCAGGAUUUCAUUAGCCUUUUUUUUAACUACAAAUAUAGUUACUUCAAUGUUAUGCUUACAAUAUGUAAAAAUAUUUUUCUCCCGAUGCAUACAGAUCAUUAUAUUUACGUAAUUCAUUAGAUACUUUUGAUGUUAAAAAGGUAGUUUCCUACAAUAAGAGAAUGCCAAAAUGAUUAAUUGUAAAUAUUUUGUGAUAUAAAUGUUAAAUGACAAUAAGCUAUACUUAAAAAGCAAUCAGACUGACGAAAGUGUAAAUGAAAAUAUGCUUGUUCUGUGAAAAGAGAAAUGUGAUGCUGUAUCACAAAAAUAAGUUAAAAGACAUGUUAAAUAGCUUUCAAGUCAUUUAAUACUAUGCCAAUUAAGUAUUAAACAAGUUAUGUAGUUUUUAUUUUCAAGAACAGUGAAUGAAAUAAUGAAUGAAUAAAAGAAUGGAUAGAAUGAAUGAAUGAAUGAAUAAAAGAAUGGAUAGAAUGAAUGAAUGAACGAAUGCAAUUUAUCACUGCGCUAUUUAAUGACUAUGUUUCUGAACCACUUUAUUUAAAGUAUGUAUUACAUUUUAGGUUACAAAGCUUUCAGAAGAAAAGCUAUGAAGCCGCUAAAGAAUUGUAUAUAUUUAUUAUGAUACAUAGAUUUCUUCAAUUAUGGAUGUAUGUUAUUUAAGUAUAUACACUGGUGGAAAAAUACAUACUAAAGUGUACAUGUUUUUCUAUGUGAUCAACAUACAAUAUGAAUGAAAUAAACCAAAGUGGCUGUGACAGCUGUUUACAACGAAAA